ACUAUAUUAUUGAUAAUCUUGUGAGUUUUCUCUGUUGAUCCCUAUUACUUGUCAAUUCUUGAUACGGGAUAUCGAUCGAUCUCAUAUUAGUUACCCAUGGAGGGAACGACUAGAACAACUUCACAAAUACUUCAAAUUCGGCCUCCUACUUAUGGGAAUUUGAUCACUAUCCUCAGCAUCGAUGGAGGUGGUGUCCGCGGAAUUAUUCCCGCCACCAUUCUUUCAUUCCUCGAAUCACAGCUUCAGGAGUUGGAUGGUGAAGACGUGAGGCUGGCAGAUUACUUCGACGUGGUUGCUGGAACAAGUACCGGUGGUCUCUUGACCGCCAUGCUAACUGCACCGGACAAGAAUAAUGAUAAUCGCCCUCUCUUUGCUGCCAAGGAUGUCAGAUCUUUCUAUCUCGAGCAUUGUCCAAAGAUAUUCCCUCAAAAAAGGGGAUUGUGGGGAUCAGCCCAAACAUUGAUGAAAUCAUUAAAUGGCCCGAAGUAUGAUGGGAAGUAUCUUCAUCGCAUCGUAAGGGAGAAACUUGGCGAUACUCGUCUUCAUAGCACCUUGGCUCAUGCUAUUAUUCCCACCUUCGACAUCAAGCGUCUGCAGCCAGUCAUUUUCUCGACUUUUGAGGUGACUAAGGGUCGUUAUCUCGAUGCUCUGCUAUCAGACAUAUGUAUUGGAACAUCGGCUGCUCCAACAUACCUGCCUGCUCACUACUUCAAGAACGAGGAUGAAGGUGGAAGGUUCCAGGAGUUCCAUCUUAUCGACGGCGGAGUUGCUGCUAACAAUCCGGCUUUAGUGGCCAUAUCUCAGGUUACCAAACAGAUAAUAGGCCAGAACCCAGACUUUAACCUGUUCUCGCCAACGGAUUAUCGCCGGUUUCUAGUCAUUUCGAUUGGAACGGGCUCGUCAAAGAUCGAGCAGAAGUACAACGCAAAAAUGGCCGCGGAGUGGGGCACUUUGGGGUGGUUGCUCCAUGACGGGUCUGUUCCAUUAGUGGAUGCCUUCACUCAAGCAAGUGGGGAUAUGGUGGAUUUCCACCUUUCAGCCGUUUUCCAAGCCCUUCACUCUGAGGAGAAUUACCUGAGGAUCCAAGAUGACAAAUUAAGCGGGAAGGAAACUUCAGUUGAUAAUUCUUCGAAGAAGAACCUCAACAACCUGGUCCAAAUCGGGGAAGAACUGCUGCAGAAGCCAGUUUCGAGGGUGAAUCUGGAAACCGGUCUCUCCGAGCCGACUGCAAAGAGAACCACCAACGCUGAUGCACUCAGAAAGUUCGCCGAGUUUCUUUCCGAGGAAAGGAGGCUUAGAGAGUCAAAAUCACCUCAGACAAAAGAGAACAUCCACUGAAAUCCUUUCCUAGAUGGAGAUGAGGGCACGCGCCACUGCGCUAUAUUUUCUUUUUUGAAUUUAUUGUAUUUUGAUUUGGUGAAAUAUAAUUGCCUAUAAUAUGUUGUAACUGAUCAGAGAAGAGUUGUAUUAAGAUCUCGCUAUGUACAUGUACCACAUGCAUGGAUUUCAAAAUAAAGUUGUAUCUUGUAGAAAUGAGAUUUUUUGCGGUGACACCGCGAGCAUUUACAA